AAAUAUUUUUUUUACGUUGCUGCCAAAUGAAAUUUUUGUUGUUUUUUGUUGUCAUCAUUCAAGUUCAUUCAUUAUAAUUUAAUGUGUUGUGGAUUUGAGCAAUGAAUUUUUAAGUCCACCUUUCUAGUCUUGCCAAUCACAAGAGAUUAUAAUUCUAAUAAUGGAAGUAAAAAAUUUGAUUAAUAAAAAAAUUGAAAAUUUUGUUCAUAGAAUUAAUUUGUCAAGUGUACAAUCAUUUUUUGGUGUAAAUUUAUUUCGUAAUCAUAUUCCAUCAUUGAAUAAUGAUGAAAAUCAAAAUUCACAACAAUCACCACCACCGUUCAGUUUGAUCUCGAAUUUCGAAUCUCAAUUGAUUGCAUUGCAAGGUAUUCUAAUAUGGGAGAAACCACGCGAUUCAAUUUUAGCAUUGAUCUUCUUUACAUGUUUUUAUUGGAUGUUCGUAUUAUUGCAACCACGAUUAAUAUCAGUUGUGGCAACUUUAGCAUUCUGUUAUCAUUUUUAUGAAAUGUGGAUUCGUUUUGUUUGGCCAGAAAUUCGUGCUCCCACGGUUCCAAUCAAAGAAAGUUGGACGACUGUCAAUCCUAAUGUAAUGUGUGUUCCAGAAAUCAGAUUAUGUUUUGCUCGAAUAAAAAAAUCAAUAAUAAAUGUCAUUGAACGAAUAAUUGAAUUUAGAAGAAAAUCUCACGGUAUAUUUUGUUGUUAUUCAGUGUUAUUUUUUCUUUGUUUCUAUUAUAUUGGACAUUUCAUUCCCGGUGUUUUGAUCACAUAUUUGACAGCUAUAAUACUAUUUUUAACACCCGGAUUUUUGGCACAUAUUGCGCCUAAAAAUACAUUGACAACAAUCGUAUUCAAUAAUAAUGGUGACGAUGAACAUUAUCAAAACGAGGGACAACAACUUAAUGAUGACAAUAAUGAUGAACAUCAAUUACAGCAAUUAAAAAACAUUUCUUCCAAAUAUUCAAAUAAUUUAAACGACAAUAACCUCGAAUUAUUAAGUUCAACAACAUCGAAAAAGAAUUUAUUAUUUGGUUUUAUGAUUAAUGAUGAUGAUGAUGAUGAUGAAACGAAUGAAAAUCAUUUUGAUGAAUCAACAUCUGAAUCAAUAACUGAUUCAGAUUUUGUUUUGAUUUCGGAUUCCGAAUUGAAUGAUAUGUAGAGAAGAAAAA